AUGUCAGAACCACGGACGACAGGCGACGAAUCGAUCCUUCCGACGGGUGCAACCGACGCCAGGGAAUCAAACAAUGACGCCGGCGUCGAUCCCCGUCCUCAGCCGUUGUUCAACCCGCCGUCUACCGCUUCCACUCCCCUUGGCACGAAUCCACCAAGUCCCUGGAUCAUCACCCCGCCAGAGUUGCUUUUUACCGCCAGCCCCCAUUUGGAAACCCCCAAUAUCGACAGCGAAAUGAGGAUAAAGAUCAAUUCACAAACCGACAACAAUCGAAUAGAAAAGAGUGAGGGUUUCGAGGAUGAGGAGGUCGCCGAGGAGGAGGUCGACCACCUCGAUCAAUCGGACCACGGACCAGACCACGACCGAGAGGAGGAUAGCCGAUCCGAAGAUGGCCAUCCUGAAGCAAACAUCGCGGAUUCGGACGACACAGAUGCCGUGCGAGAUCCGCAAGGGAACGCGAAGGAGUGGUUCCUCCCAAAUUUGGAGGACACCUUCGAGACCUACAUCGAUCACGGGUGUAUCCUUGACAAGCAAGGGUACCCGAUCUAUCCCAACGGAAAAACGAUCUUCGUGCGCAAACCUGGCGAGAUGGUGACGAACUUCGGCACCGUUGGUUUUUCGAAAACAUCCUCAAGCAAUAAGCGAGGUAUCAACAACGAUUGGAAAGUUGUUUGUUACUUCUGCCUGGGGGCCCUGAAGCUUGAAGAGGGGAAAACAAAAUGUCCCGGUAAAUCAGGGAAAUGCAAGGGCAAUGUUACCCACAAGAAAUGUUGCCGAAACUCCGUGGCUGUAAGAUUCGAUUACCACUUGCCUACCGGAUGGGGUCUCCUCAGGCACAAGGGCACACAUCCGCAUCCGUGGCCUGAGGCUAAAAAGCCUGACCCCAUGUCCAAGGAUGAGUUGAAAGCGGAAAUUUUGAAGAAUCCGAGUGCGGGGGCACUUAAACUUAAGACUGGAAAGCGGACGGAUCCAGCUGCCGGCGCAAAUAGUGUAACUGAGAUCCAUCCAGCUUAUAUCAACAAAGACCGAUUGGCGUAUUACCGGCGUAAGAUGCUCGUCGAAUUGAACUUGGUUCCUGACAAACUUGGGGGAGGAAUAGGAGACAAAUUUGUCUUGGACAUGUUUGCGUGGGCUGCGCGUGGCUUGUUGAUAACGUCUGCUUCAUUCUUGCCACAGAAUGAACACUUCACAUUCCAAACCCAAUGGAUGGCCGAUCGACUACUUGCUAGGGAUGAGAAUAAUCAGGUCUACAGCGGGGGUCUCAUAUCCGAUGUCACGUACCGAUACUUCGAAACAGGCUACUUGCUCUCAACCUCAAUGUACUGUGAAGACCUUCACCGAUGGAUACCGAUCCAACUGACUUGGAUCCGCGGGUUGAGUGAGGAAUACUACAAACUCCAUUUCACCACACUCUUCAGACAGUUUCAAGCCGCACCAGUAACACCUGCCGAACGUGACACGCUAGUCCGCCAAGUGGUUGACUUCUCCAGUGCUCAAGCCGAGGGAUUUGUCUCAGCGUAUCUGGAAGUCUUUCGUCAGGGAACUCGGAAAGAGGUGAGGCGCAUGCUGAAAGGGUGUCGGGAGCAUUUCCGCCAGUCUGUCACACGAAUCAAGCGUAAUCGGGCUCUCAUGACUGCUGACAAGGAGGAGCCUUUCCGAAAAGCAUGCAUGGAUCUCUUGGAACACCAAGAAGCCGGCGGGAAGACUCAUGAAGAGAAGGUGGACUUCAUUAGGCGACGUUAUCCCAAAGUUUGCAAGUGGCUUGAUUGGUGGACGGUUUCUGACAUUGAGGCCCUCCUCUUUCCAUCGCGACAACCCCGACUUGAGGAUACUCCUGACGGUCUUCCCGAUACUACCAAUGCCCAGGAGAGUAUGCACCGGAUCUACUACAGGCUGAGUGACGGAAAACAGUGCAUCAUGGUUGGAAUGGUUGACCUGUUCUCCUUUGUAAAAAUGCUGGAAGAAGAUUGGAAAGCUGCGAUGAAGGGGAUCCCGAUUUCCUAUGGGGCCAACCCCACCACGGACAUUGGCACCACCCUUGGUAUCGUGAAGAAACGCAAACGUGGCGAAGGGAAGUUCAUCAAUGAUGGAAGGCCCCCGGACACAACAGACGAGCUUGUUGAUGGAAAGAAGAAGAAAAAAGCAAAGCUUGGCAGGCCCCCCAAUUCAACAAACUUCAACAAAAGCCUCUGGUCAGCUUAUCCAUCUUACCACGCGAAUAAGGACAACCCAACUCGAAGAAACCGCUGUUGGCUCGCCGCAGGUCUUGAAUCUCUUUAUGCUCUUUUCAGCCCAUUAUGGCUCCGUGGAAUCAGCGGUCAUGGGAAGGACGUCUUCACCGCAAUCGCUCAUCACUUCUCAUGUCGAUCAACUGGCGAACUAAAUGGCAGUAACGCAAUUCGUUCAACUUUGACGCGUGGACAAAACAUGGUAUUCGAUGUUCUCAGUCCUAAAUAUCCAGGACGAUUCCUUCCCGGCGCGUUUGCUUCUUGCGAUUACUUCCUUGAGGUCGCGUUGGAUCCCCAACUUCACAAGAAGGAUGAGUAUAAGCAGCUCUUCUCGAUUGAUGAACAUCGAACUUUCACCUGCGAACUCCAGCCGAAUAAAUUGCAGAAGCACUCCACUCGAGAUCACCGCACCCUUCAUCUAAUCGAGAUGUGGCAAACCGAUGGAUUGCUGGCAACUUCGGGUAUGAUCUGCAAACACUGCAAUCCAAACAAACCAAAACCGAAGCUCCCGAAGAACGCCAAAAUUCAAAAAGUGUCUUCCGAUGUCGACAUUGUCAAGCUGCUUGGAUCCUCUGAAAACACAUCACACCACAUAAUUGAUCGAUCAAGAUUGGCUGUCCCAGCAAAUGGAGCCCCGCUUCAUCUUAAUUUCUAUGUAGAUGUCACCGGCAUAACCGACAAGAAACAGAAAAAUAACUUUAUGGGAUCGAUCGAUUGGCCGUUCAAGAUUAACGUUGGAGGCGCCACAUACACUCUGAUCUCCCGGGGCUACUGGCAACAUAAUCACUACUGGUGUAAGGUCCUUCGAAGUGCUAACAUCUCAGCUGACAAGGGUAGUUUGACCGCAAUUUGGUUACACAACGACGCCGAGAAUGAUGGGUAUGCUCAACAGAUCAAUCGUGUUCCCAGUUCAAUUGCCGGAGUGGAAGAAAACACAAGCUGGCUCCUUUAUUCGCGCGACUGGACACCUUCGGAGGAAGAAUAUGUCAACAACGCGAUUCAGAAAAUCAUAGCCGAAAAUCCAGAAGCUGCUGGCGAUGUCCCUUUCAAGGAGAUGAACUCAACGUUAAUUCCCCACACCACCACAAACGAAGUUAAAUCUACUCCUCCAACUACUGUCACAUCCCAGGCCAGAGAAAAAUCGCCUUCAACAACUACGGGUAAUGCUCCAAAAAAUUACACUUCACCAGUCAAAGGAACAACUCCGAUUGCACAACUCGCCUCUCAAAUGAAUGCACAGAUUGCUCGAAAGUAUGCACUAGACCAAAAAGAACCAGACACCAAACAACAGUGUUCCUUGGAUGCAGAAGUCACACUGGAAAUAGACGAAUCAUUCCUCUCGGUUGGCGACAAAUCUCAUGGUGAUCAAUCUUUUGUGCUUGGCGAUCAAUCUCUUGGCGAAUCUCAUGGUGAUCAAUCUUUUGUGCUUGGCGAUCAAUCUCUUGAAUCCCAUGGUGAUCAAUCUUGUGGCGAAGAUGGCAACAAAGACGGCGGUGAUCAAACCUUUUCUCUUGGUGAUCAUACUGGCGAAGACGGUGGUGAUCAAACCUUUUCUCUUGGUGAUCAUACUGGCGAAGACGGUGGUGAUCAAUCUUUUGCUCUUGGUGAACAGUCUCUUGGCAAUCAAACUGGUAAUCAGUCUCUAGCGGAUGAAACAGAUGAUCAUGUUACUCAAACUCAGGUGAAACACAGUCAGGAGGAUGAAGAAGUCCCUCAGAAACCUCCAAUACGGUUCAAGGUCAUACUGAGACCACCUGAGCAACGAUCACCUCCAAGUACCAAAGGAAAAACCCAGGCUUCAAGACGAUCAGUGAGAAAGAAAAAAUGAGAUUGAAAGAUUGUUCUCCUGGACUGACUUCACUUUUCCAUUUAUUCUGUUUGAGGCUCUGCGUUUUUUAUUUUUGAUCUGCUUUUUGAUUUUUUUUUCUUCUUUUGUUCAUUCCUU